GCAGUUGCAUGUUGUGGGUAGACAGAAGCCAGGCCACGACCUCUAAGGUCUUGACGAGCGAGCCACACGCAGGUCUGGCUUCCGGGAAGCUGGGACUUCCAGACUAGGGUUGGGGACAUGGGACCAGCCCUCCACCCAUCGGAGCCCUCUCUGGCCUUGCCAGCUGCCCGGUUAGCUGGGACCAGUGAGGUGGCGGUGCUCAGACGCGUCCCAUAGGAGCCCUGGCACACAGGACGGAUUUCCAGGACUCUACCAGCUGCCAGACCCGGCGGGGAGAGACCCCAGACCUCCUAGGUGCUGGCCGUGGGCCCGGAUUGCGCUCCCAACUGGCGUUUGACCCGCAAGGGGACCCUCUUGGAAGAGACGACACCGGGAGCCAGGAUGGAGAAUGCUUCUGUCAGCUACGAUUAUGGGGAUUACAGCGACCUCUCGGACCACCCAGUGGACUGCCCGGACGGCGCCUGCCUGACCAUCCACCCGCUGCGCGUGGCCCCCCUCCUGCUGUAUGUCGCCAUCUUCCUGGUGGGGGUGCCAGGCAACGCCAUGGUGGCCUGGGUGAUGGGGAAGGAGGCCUGCUGGAGGGUGGGUGCCACCUGGUUGCUCCACCUGGCCCUGGCGGAUUUGCUGUGCUGUUUGUCUCUGCCCAUCCUGGCGGUGCCCAUUGCCCGUGGGGGCCACUGGCCGUACGGGGCCUUGGGCUGUCAGGCGCUGCCGUCCGUCAUCCUGCUGACCAUGUACGCCAGCGUCCUGCUCCUGGCAGCGCUCAGUGUAGACCUCUGCCUCCUGGCUGUCGGGCCUGCCUGGUGGUCUAUGGCUCAGCGGGCGCGCAGGGUGCAGGUGGCCUGUGGGGCGGCCUGGACUUUGGCCUUGGUACUCACCGUGCCCUCCGCCGUCUACCGCCGGCUGCACCAGGAUCCCUUCCCGGGCCAGCUGCAGUGUGUGGUGGACUACCGCGGCUCCUCCCGCACCGAGAAUGCCGUGACUGCCGUCCGCUUUCUUUUUGGCUUCCUGGGGCCCCUGGUGGCCAUGGUUAGCUGCCACGUUGCCCUCCUGUGCCGGGCAGCUCAAUACCGCUGGCCGCUGGGCACAGCUGUCAUGGUGGGCUUUUUUGUCUGCUGGGCACCCUACCACCUGCUGGGGCUGGUGCUCACCGUGGCAGCCCCGAACUCCGCACUCCUGGCCAGGGCCCUGCGGGCUGAACCCCUGGUCGUGGGCCUUGCCCUCGCUCACAGCUGCCUCAAUCCCAUGCUCUUCCUGUAUUUCCGGAGGGCUCAACUCCACCACUCACUGCCAGCUGCCUGUCACUGGGCCCUGAGGGAGUCCCAGGACAGGGACGAAGGUGUGGACAGCAAGAAAUCCACCAGCCAUGAUCUGGUGUCAGAGAUGGAGGUGUAGGCUGGAGAGACACUGUGGAUGUGUAUCUUCCUAUUUCAUUUCAUGACACUGGCUUCAGGCAUGGCUGGAUCCAGGAGCUCCAUGUUGUCUUCAUUUUAUUCCUUCCUUCAUUUAACAGACAUCCAUCAUGCACCUGCUAUGUGCAAGGCCUUUUGAGGCACUGGAGAUACAGCAGUGACCAAAACAGACACAUAUCCUGCCCUCGGGGAGCUGACAUUCUACUGGAGGAAGACAGACUAUAAACAAAGGAAUAAAGGGCCGGGCACAGUGGCUCACGCCUGUAAUCCCAGCG